AUAGAAUAUUUGAACUGUUUGUGGAAAAAGUACUUUUUAAUAAAAAAAAAUCAUAUAAAUAAUUGUGCAAUAAAAACUGUUCGCGCUUUUAGAAAAUAUUUUCAUUGCGCAAAGUGCCAUUUCAAAUUCAACAAAAACAAAAAUACUACACAAAAAUUUUGAAAACAGCUGAUUAGUGCGUGAGCCUCGCUAACAGCUAACAAAGCCACAUUCUUACAUAGAAGAAUACCAAAUACUUAGUGCUUCAAGAUGAAUCAGAUAUGCAAAGUCUGCGGUGAACCAGCCGCCGGUUUCCAUUUUGGCGCCUUCACAUGCGAGGGCUGUAAGUCGUUCUUCGGACGCUCCUACAAUAAUAUCACAUCGAUUAGCGAGUGUAAGAACAAUGGCAACUGCGUGAUUGAUAAAAAGAAUCGCACCACCUGCAAAGCCUGCCGCCUACGCAAAUGCUUCACGGUGGGCAUGUCAAAAGGUGGUUCUCGCUAUGGUCGCCGCUCCAACUGGUUCAAGAUACACUGCUUGCUGCAGGAACAGCAACAGCAAGCCAUUGAUGCAGCGAAUAAGGCCGCAGCUGCUGCUGCUGCCGGCGGCAAUCAAGUCACAACGCAAAAUGCCGCUGGUUUCGUUGAUAUGGCCAGCGCGGCCGCCGCCGCUGCUGCUACGGCAGCCAAACAACACAUACAUUCGCUUAAUCCACACAUGGCUGCCGCCGGCGGCUUACUCGGCUAUCCUGGUUACCAUUUGCCUGAAAUGAUGGCACAGACUGCACCUUUUAUGUCUACACGUCAUCCUGCCGCCGAUGCUGCUGGUACGCUGCCCUUCUUCAUGAUGAACCAAAUACCGAGCAUGGGCUCAGCGCAGUCUGCCUUCCAGUUGCCACCACAUCUACUUUUCCCCGCCGCUGCUGCGGCCGCUUAUCAUCCAAAUUCCGCCCUCGCUGCGGCAGCGGCUGUUGAUGUUGCCUACCGUUCAGAAAUGUACAAUAAACACCGCCAGUCUGUCGAUUCAGCUAAAUCUGGCGAUUCGGCGCAUCGUUAUUCUCCACAAAUUGCCGCCACGGCUGCGGAGCAGCGUGUUCGCGAACAGCAACAACAACAACAAUCAGCACGUCACUCACCGGAAUUGUGCGUGUCGGGUGGCGACGAUGAUGAGGACGAUGAAUUGGAUGUGCACUCGCCUUCACCUAUCAUGGCGACCACAAAAACACACCAGCGUGCUGUUCACCAAGUGCAAGAAGCGCAACAAGCACAACAACAAAAGUUGCAUCACCACCAAAUACACAGCCCCAUUGCAAUACGUGCCACACCGCACACCACCUCCACACUCAGCAACACACUCUCCGUCCCGGUGCCUACCUCUGCGCUUACACCCAACUCAGUUAGUUCGCCAACACACCAACCUAGCUCUCCAACACCAACAGCCAGCGCUGUCGCCGAAUCUGCAGCGCUCUCUUUCGCCGCUAAAAUGCAAUCACUCUCUCCGGUCUCCGUCUGCUCCAUUAGUGCUGAGAGCUUUAGCGCCACAAGCCCACAACUACGUAAUGCCAGUAAUGUUGCUGAUGCGCAGGAUUGCCCCAUGGAUUUGAGCAUGAAAGCGGUCAGCUCGACGUCGCACGGUUCGACCCAUAGCAGCAAUACCAGCAGGGGUAGUGGCGUUUGCGAUAUGCAUUGCGAACUGAGUGAAGAAGAAGCAUCGGCGAUUGAUGUACGUCGUAAAUUCUAUCAGUUUAAUAGUGAACAAAGCUGCGAGUCGGAUAGUUCGUCUGAUGGCAGUGGUGCCGCUGUGGGAGUAAGUAAGCGUCAGAAAAUGAUCGAUGAGGGUUACAACUCGGUGGGUUAUGCCUCGUCACAGGGUUCAACAGCAUCGACGACGUCAGCGGCGAGCUUGCACGGCAUCUUCGUAUGCGUGUAGAUCAUGCAUAUGUAUGCAUAUGCACAUACAUACUCGUAUAUUGUGUUUUCGGCGCCGGCGCUCAGUGCAAAUGUGGCUUAGAGUAGGCGCUGUGGGAGGAGCUCACUCGCCGCCAACAAAGCUGUCAUUAUUCGUUCUUGUUGUUGUUAUUUUUAUUCGUUCAUGCUUGUUUUUGUGAUUUUUGAUCGGUGCAACUGUUCAAAUGCAAAUGAGCACACACUCACACAUAGCGAUUUAAGGCAACGUGUGCUCUCCAACACCACUUUGAUCGAAUUCGCACGCCUACACAUAUUUGAAUUGCUCACGCUCACCUAACGGUCGUAACAGCUUACCAUUAGUGUAUUAGAUGACAUUUCCAAACCAUAGGCAGAUACACAAGCGCACUCUUCUUUCUCCUUUGCGCACACAGUACACUCAAAUCGCACCGAGUUAGAUAUUUUAAAUGAGUUAAAGCGAGAUGGCGAUGCAAUGCAGGCGCUUGUUAGACGGCAAACGAAGAAACAAAUGAGCGCAAAACAACAACUACAUAUGUAUGUAUAACAAUAACAUGUGUGUGUGUGUACAAUCAAAUCCAAAUAUAUUUACUACUGUAAUUGAAUUUAAUGGCAAUUUAGUCGCAUUUAGUCGAUUUUAAUUUAAUUAAUGCAAAUUUAAAUGGAAAUGUUUUUAAAAGUUAUGUUAGUUUUUAGUGAAAUGUGGACAUAUGGAAAUAUGAUAAACGCGAAGUGUUAGAAAAAUAAUCUGUCAAAAAGUAUAUGAAAGUUAGGUAGUUUUUAAUGAAAAUAGAAACGGAAAAAACUGUUUAUUAGCACCACCAAUUAAUUCUUAAUUAAUAUAAUGUAAACUUAGAAGAUUUUUGUAAAUAGUUAGCUAUU